CGGUUCUGUUUGAAUUCUGCUAGUGUUGACUUUAGCACUCGAGGGUUAUGCGUAGCUUGUUACUUGGAUACCGUACAUUGUUAAGCGAGGUUGUUGAAUGAGUUUAUUGUUGGUUAUUUAGAUUUAUAAGUGUCUCGUUUUUGACGUAAAUUGACUGAGCUGGUUCUUCGUUGGUUCUCUGUUUCCUUCUGAGACAUGCUGAGGGUGAGGUCGGCGCUCUGUCGGUCCUGGAGGGGGUUCAAGACCUUCCCUUGUGCAGCUGUGGAGGUUAAGAAUGAACCCAUAUUGGCAUUCAAAGAGGGAAGCAAAGAAAGAGCGGAGCUAGAGAAGGCACUACAAAACCUAAAAGGAAAGACGGAGGAGAUUCCAUGUGUGAUCGGAGACGAACAGAUCUGGACCAAAGAUAUCCGAUACCAGCUAUCUCCCUUUAAUCAUGCGCACAAAGUGGCCAAGUUCUGUUACGCUGAUAAGGAGCUCCUGAACAAAGCCAUCCUGGCCUCUGUGGCAGCGAGGAGAGAAUGGGACCUCAAGCCAGUAACAGACCGAGCCCAGAUCUUCUUCAAGGCUGCUGAUGUAAUCAGUGGACCGAAGAGAGCAGAGGUUCUGGCGAAGACCAUGAUUGGCCAGGGUAAAACCAUCGUGCAGGCUGAGAUCGACGCUGCAGCCGAGCUCAUUGACUUCUUCCGGUUCAACGCCAAGCAUGCAGUCGAGCUGGAGCAGCAGCAACCUCUGGACAGUGAUGGCAGCACUAACACCAUGCUGUACCGUGGGCUGGAGGGCUUUGUAGCUGCUGUGGCUCCAUUCAAUUUCACUGCUAUUGGUGGAAACUUGGCUGGCACGCCAGCUAUGAUGGGUAAUGUGGUGCUAUGGAAACCCAGUGAUACAGCGAUGUCUGCCAGCUAUGCGGUCUAUAAGAUUCUGCGUGAGUCCGGCUUGCCACCCAACAUCAUCCAGUUUGUUCCAGCUGAUGGCCCUGUUUUCGGCGACACGGUCACUUCUUCUGAGCACUUGGCUGGAAUCAACUUCACUGGCAGUGUCCCAACAUUUAAGCGCUUGUGGAAACAAGUGGCGCAGAAUCUGGACAUCUACAGAAAUUUCCCUCGUGUUGGUGGAGAAUGUGGUGGCAAGAACUUCCAUUUUGUGCACAAGUCAGCAGAUAUCGGGAGUGUGGUGACUGGCACCAUUCGCUCAGCUUUCGAGUACGGAGGGCAGAAAUGUUCAGCUUGUUCCAGGAUGUACGUCCCAGACUCUCUGUGGCCUCAGAUUAAACAAGAGCUCCUGGCUAUACACAAACAGAUCAAAGUGGGAGACCCUGUCGAGGACUUUGGCACAUUUUUCUCAGCAGUAAUUGAUGACAAGUCCUUUGGUAGGAUCAAAGGCUGGCUUGAACAUGCCAAGUCAUCUCCCAAUCUUACUGUGAUCGCUGGAGGAAACUGUGACGACAAGAAGGGAUACUAUGUGGAGCCCACAAUUAUUGAAACCAAAGACCCACAGGAUAAAAUAAUGAAUGAGGAAAUCUUUGGACCAGUUCUGACUGUGUACGUCUAUCCUGAGAACGACUACAAGAAAGUGCUGCAGUUGAUUGAUAACACGUCUCCGUAUGCACUAACAGGGGCUGUAUUCGCUCAGGAUGAGGCUGUUGUGGAUGAGGCAGGAAAAGCACUGAGAAACGCAGCAGGAAAUUAUUAUGUUAACGACAAAUCGACAGGCUCAAUUGUGGCUCAACAGCCAUUUGGAGGUUCCAGAGCAUCAGGUACCAAUGACAAGCCCGGCGGCCCACACUAUGUCCUCAGAUGGACCUCACCACAGGUUGUAAAGGAGACCCACGUUCUGCUCAGAGACUGGAAAUACCCCUACAUGGGCUGAGAACGUUCCUGUUCCAUCCACAAAAUUGCACUUACUGUCUACAAACUAUGCUACAGACGACUCUCCCUCUUGACUUAACAUUUAUACAGCCCCAAUUCCAAAAAAGUUGGGCAGCUGUGUAAAAAAAAAAAAAACAAUGUGAUGAUUUGCAAAUCAUGGAAGCCCUAUAUUUCAUUGAAAAUAGUACAAAGACAACAUAUCAAAUGUUGAAACUGAGAAAUUUUAUUGUUUUAUGGAAAAAAAAAAUGCUCAUUUUGAAUUUGAUGCCAGCAGUAUAUUUCAAAAAAGUUGGGACAGGGGCAUGUUUACCACUGUGUUGCAUCACAUCUACUUUUAACAACACUAUAAAUGUCUGGGUAUUUAGGAGACCAAUUGUUAGUGUUUUGAAAGAUAAAGGUUGUCCCAUUCUUGCCUUGUAUACAAUUUCAGUUGCUCAACAGUUCAGGGUCAACUUUGUCAUAUUUUGCGCUUCGUAAUGCACUAAAUGUUUUCAGUGGGAGACAGGACUGGACUGUAGGCAGGCCAGUUUAGCACCUGGACUCUUACUAUGGAGCCAUGCAGUUUUAAUAUGUGCAGAAAGCAGUUUGGCAUUGUCUUGCUGAAAUGAGCAAGGCCAUCCCUGAAAAAGAGAUCUGGAUGGCAGCAUGUUGCUCCAAAACCUUUAUGCAGCAUUAUUGAUACUUUUCCAGAUGUACAAGCUACCCAUGUCAUGUGCACUAACGCACCCUCAAACUAUCACAGAUGGUUAGCACUGUCGUCUCCUAGCAAGAAGGUUCUGGGUUUGAAUCUCACGGUCCAGCCACUGGGGUUGCACAAGCCAACUUGGUGCUAAUCCCAAGCUUGGAGAGAUUGGGGAAGCUUGCCUCAGUGUAACAAACAAACCCUACACUAAAUCAAAUAUGCAGAUCAUAAAUUGGGAAGGAUGAUCCGUUGUGGCGACCGCUAACGGGAGCAGUCAAGAGAUGUACCGUAGAUGGUGUGAUCCCCAAAUUCUUUGCAAUGUUACACUGUUUGCCCACGCAGUCUUUCACAGAGCGGUGAACCCUUCCCCAUCUUUACUUCUGAGUGACUCCGCCUCUCUGGGAGGCGCUUUUUAUACCCCGUCAUUUUACUGACCUGUUGCCAGUUCACCAAAUUGGAUAAUUUUUUUUUUUUUUCUUCCCCUGUCUCAACAUGUUGCUGGCACCAAAUUCAAAAUGAGCAUUUAAAAAAAACCCUUUGAUUUCUCAGUUUCAGCAUUUGAUAUGUUGUCUUUGUACUAUUUUCAGUUAAAUAUAGGGUCGCCUAUAUUUCCAGUAUUUUGCUAAAACAAAAUAGUUUUUAUUUUGUUUUACAGAGCGUCCCAACUUUUUUUUUGGAUUUGGGGUUGUGGAUACCAAAGUGGCCUUUUUAAAGUUGUAUGCUUCUUGGUUUCAACAGCAGAGGCUUGAUGGAGUGGUGUCUCCUUGUGAUUCUGCUGUGGACUAAACCUUCGAAACUACUGAAACAGCCCUUAAAUAUGUGAGCACAGUUAGGAGAACUGGAUUAAAACGGACUCCAGUGGUUUCUCAGCCCGCACGCUUCAGCAAACGAUACUGCAAGUUUUAAUAGUGUUGAUUGAAGUAAAAGGAUCGGAAUUGCUGUUGCUGUGAUUUUGGUUUAAUUUUUUUCUUUGUUUUCAGUCUGGAAUCUUACGUGAAGUGUAUUUUUGCUUGCUUAUCUUUUAAGUGUCCUCACAUGGGAGCUUAUUGCAGUAGUCAAAGUGUAGAGCUGUUACAGUAGUGUAAAUACAGAUUCUUAAAUUAUCCUGAAAUGGGCUUCCUUUUUUUUGUCUGAAUGUAAUUGAGUUAUAUGCUGUAAUUAAUUCAGUUAAUACAAAAAGCAUAUUAAUACCUAAUGGAAUAAUAUGACCUUGCAUCAUGCCAUAAUGCUCAGACAGAUGGAUAUGAGGAAAUUGAUUGAUUGACUCUGGACUUGUAGUAGUUUUGACACUAACUCGACUCACGUUAAUGAACUCUGACAGUUCAGAAUUUUAAUUGAACUUCUUGUUCAACUUGUGUGGAAACUUUUGUUAAUAAAUCACAACGCAAUAUCAUCCCGAUCAUACUGAAUGCCGUUAGUGAACCAAGGGAAUCUGGAUCUGAGAGUCAAUAAAGGAAUAGUUAAACAGUA